AUGACAGAAGUACCCAGGCAAAUGAAUGGCUUACUUCGAUCAAAUAGUUUUGUGGGUGAAUAUGCCUCCCCACAAAACAUUGGCUACGCAUCUGUUGAGGCUUUGCUUAAGCAAAAUGUUCUGCUCUCUUCCAUGGGAGGUGCUGGAGCAGUCUCUCUUUCCACGCCCGCUAUCCUGCUCUGUGAGUAUUUACAGAGUGAGCUGGGAGGGCCGGGAGUGACGGUGGCAGCUGUGGGUACUGCACAGGAAUGUGGGCCUGCUGCUGCCAGGACUGGCUCCUGCCCUCGGUGCCCGGCCGGCUGUGAGGUCACAUCUCAAGAAUCUGAAGCCAAACCACUGACCUUCACAUUUGUGCCAUCCAUUGGACAACUUCCCACUCAUUUUGAGGUUGUAGAUGUCUCUAAGUUCCUUGUGACAAUUCCAGAGGAGCCAAAGAAUCUGAGCAAUCAAGAAAUUAUAAAUAAGGCUAAGCUUGUCUCUGAUGAGCUCUCCUUAAACAGCGGAGUCAGGCAAGACUGUGUGCCUGCCAUCUCUCCAGACACCACCCAAACUGUUCUGCAGUCCCUGGUAUCUAACACAAGCAAAGGAGAAAUGCAAGAGAAUGAUCUUUUUAAGGCUGAGUUUAUCCUGAUUACGGACUCCGGUGAUGAAGAUGAAGCAGGCGCUGCCUCCAUCAAUGCCCAACGGCCCUCCAAUGGCUAUGGGCCCAUCAGCGCCCAGCUGCUGGCUACAUCCCAUGUUUCCCCUGGCACGGAGUCGAGGAAACCUCCCGGCAAUGGGCAUCUUCCAAGUGCUAUGCUUUCCCACAGCACUGCUGAUCAGCAAAACCAGCAGGCAUUAGAAGAGCCAACUACGGCUGCUGGUGUGACUGAAGGGACUACUUUGGACACCCAUUCAGAGAUGUGCUCCCCUGCCCAGCUCAGACAACAAACAGAAGAGCUGUGUGCUGUCAUCGAUCAAGUCCUGCAGGACCCAUUGACCAUGCGCCGAUGUGAAUCUUCUCCAAGUUUCCUGCAGAUGAACACAGAGUCAGAUGUUGGCAAGGUGUCAACAUUGCAGAGAGCAGCUGGACGUGAAACCAGAUAUGCCAACGUUUACAAAUCAACACCAGUGGUAGCAGAGAGUCAGAUGACAAAACCUGGUGUCAUUCGUCCUGUGCUAGUGAAAGGGAAGAGUGCACAGCAAAAGGAGGAGCUCUACCAACCCAACCCUUUUAAAAAGUACCUAGAAGAGAUCAGUGAUGGAGAUAUUGAGCAGCAGCCCGGUCAUCCCAUAGUGCCUAUUCCAGAAAAUGAAACACUCAGCUCUAAGGAGGUCACAAAUCAAAGAGGUUCUGUUUAGCUGUAAUGCCUCAAAUUAGGAUCGAGAGAUAAAACCACAGAGUAUUUUUGGGCCUUUUUCUCUGCUGAGAAGGAAUCCACAAUACAAGUGUUAUCUAAAGCACCAUUUAAAAAAAAUGCUUCCAGUAUGCUAAUUGCUAAUAUUCUUUCAAAAGAUAAUUCUAUGUACUAGCAUAAUUAACCCCUGAGACACACAUACGAAUGUGCCAUAUUUAUAUACCACUUCUUGAAGUGCUUGCCAGUUUAAGAGAUGCCUAAAGUAACACAGCAUAUUUUAUUUAGAAAUAAUAUAAAAGUCGAAAUUCAAUAAAGUUGUAUUUUUGUUGCAAA